AUAAAACAGACACAGGUUCGGGAGGUGAGAUCGGUCAAGACAUAGAUGGAGAGAACACAGACAGACAGCCAGACAGAUUUACCAUUGCUGACAAAGCAUCAACACCAGUUUUCUGCUCCGAUAUAACCAAAACUGGAAACGAUGGGCAAUGUUCUUCACAUGAGGUCUGUAGAGGUCCCUUUCCCAAAGAGAUCCCUCAACCUCCGCAGCGUCCAUUGCCCCCUCCCUACCAACAAGUACCAACAGCACUACUGCUACAACAGCAACAACAGCAACAACACUAAAGUGACCGAGGAGGAGUCCUACCCUCAGGCCACACAGAAGGCCUCAGGUCAGGAGGUCAAAACUGGGGAAAGUGGUGAAAAGAAAGCCUCCAAACCCCAAGAUGGCCACUCUAAAGACACCUCAAAAACAACGUCAGACGACAAAAAAGGUCCGUCAGUUGUCCAGCAAGAGUGGAAGCUGUCACUAAAUAACAGCAAUAUCAUGAAAAGCCACAAAACUGUAGCGUCAACCGUAGCAACCAAAACGACAGUGGAAACUGUUGCCGGUGCGGCCCAGUCCAAGACUAGUUCUGUGUUUCAGAAAUGGGCUGCCAUGGAGUUGGAGGUCCAGAGACCCAUGACCAAGCGACAGCUGUCAGAUGAGUGCGCUGCUUACUCCCUCAGGGUGGUGAAGAAGAGUACAGUGAGGAGGGAGGAGGGGGACAUACAGAGGGAUGUGGAAGGACGAGCCCCGGUGAAGCCCAAACUCCAGCCAAGACCAAGGGAGAGCUCCAGUACAGUGAAGAGUGGAAGCGUCUCAAAAAAAAUGCUCAAAAGGGAACUCUUUGCCACCACAGAAGUAUUCAGCAGUGUGGAUAACCAUGCCAUCAAUACUGGAAAAUUGCUCAGUCAAAAGAUCUUCUCAGUUCCGACCAUCACCCAGACCAUCACCCAGACCAUCACGCAGACCAUCACAGAAGGAGCACAGAAUGAGCUGGAGAAACUGAGAGCCAUCUGGAUCUGGCUCUGCCACAACAUCGAGUACGACGUAAGUGGCUACCUUGGCCUGACGGACAAGUUGUGCUCCCCAGAAAGGGUCAUUGAGACGGGUCGGGGCGUGUGCUGUGGGUACUCCAGCGUCUGCAUGCAGAUGUGCCAGGAGGCAGGAAUCGAAUGCCAAGAGGUGUCUGGCCAUGGCAAAGGUAUUGGGUACAGGCAAGGCCAGAGCUACCAAAACACCAAGUCUCUCCACAUGUGGAACGCAGUGAAACUGGGAGGCCACUGGUAUCUACUGGACGCAUGUUGGGGAGCAGGGAGAGUAGACAUGGACAACAAAGCCUUUAUUAAGAGGUACGAUGACUUCUACUUCCUGACAGACCCUGAGGACUUCAUCAACUCCCACUGUCCAGAUGAGAAAGAGUGGCAGCUUCUGGACGAUCCCAUCCCACUGGAGGAGUUUGAGAAGAGGGUUCUAAAGACCUCGGAGUUCUACAGACUGGGUCUGACCCUCCUCCAUCCCAAACACUUCCUGCUGGUCACAGAAAAUGGUGAGGCCUCGGUGUCCAUGAAGUUCACCAAGCCUGUCGACUUCACCUACCAGAUCUCUCAGCGGAGCGGCUGUGAACCCAAAGCGGUCAAUAGCUCAUCUGGCCUGCUCACUGUGACCCGGGAGAGCAUGAGGUUACGACUGCUGCCCCCUACAGGUGGCACGUAUGACGUCAUGAUCUUUGCCCGGUCAGGCAACAACUCAGGGACGUUCAGCUGGGUCUGCUCUCUCCUGGUGGAGUGUCCAGAACAGGAACCAACUGAAGAACUCCCUGAGAACCCCUUCUUGUCCUGGGGUCUGCAGCGGAGCGCAGAGAGCCUGGGGGUUAAGAAGUGCAGCAACGGAGCAGAGGCUGCGGUGUCGGAGACUGGCUCCUUCGAGCUUGUCCUGCACACCUCCAGACCACUCAUGAUGCUGUGUGAACUGACCCAGAAAGACCUUGAUCCGUCCAUAGCCAAGAGGUGUCUGGCAACUCAAAUCCAAUCUGACCGCCUCACCUGUAACGUCCUCUGUCCCUAUCUAGGUUACUAUCGGUUGUCUGUGUUUGUUCGGAACUACGAGCGGCCCCAAGACGGCUUCCAGAAUGGAGGCAACUUCCUCUUGCACUGCACAGGAGGCACUAUCAACCUCAAUGAGCUCUUUCCCACUGCCCUUAGCACUGCUUGUGGGCCUGGCAUCCGGACGCAAGACGCUGGCCUCUCCAAGUUCAGCCACACGGGGGCGCUGGUGAGCACCCAGCAAGGCAAAUGCAACAUUACCUUCCAAAACCAACAAGACCUGGAGCUCCACGCUGUGCUGUUCAAGGAACAACGCAAGAGACUGGGGCACCCACUCUGCCGGCACGUCUUCUUCACCUACAACAGCAGCAAAGUAACCAUCAGCGUGGCCCUACCCGAGGCCGGAGUCUACAAGCUGGGCCUUUACGCCAAAACCUCCACUGACCAGGACUUCAGUCUGCUAUGUGACUUUGUGCUGUGCAACAGCUCAGGGAGCAGCUGGCCUCCGUUCCCCUGCACCUACACAGCCUGGCAGAGGGGCAGCGUGCUGUUCGAGCCCCGCGGGGGUCUCCUGGAGCCCCUGUCCUGGGUGCUGUUCAGGGUCAGGGUGCCUGGGGCCCAGAGGGUGAGCGUGGUGGGAGAGCAGCUGAUGGAGCUGCAGCUCAGUAAGAGCCGUGUGUGGGAGGGAGAGGUGUUCACCGGGGCCAGCAUGUCCCAGCUCAAACUGGCAGCCAGCGGGGGUGGAGGGGGCUCCACUGACAUGGCCAUUAUCAUGUCCUUCGACGUGCUGAGCCAGCAGAACGAAAUGUAAAGCGAUAAGCAGGUGGGCGGGGAGGCGAGGGAUUAAUAAGAGACUGUAUAAACAGGUCUUUUACCAUAGCCUUGUUGAAGCACAGUAAAGCACGGAUGGGUUAGGCUCAAGGAAUAAGGUGCUCCAUCAGAAAUACCUUGGUUUGACAGAGGUACUGAAUGGCAUAAAUGUGAAAUGAUUUGUAGCUUUCGUUUCUGGUUCCGAUUUGUUUGUUUGUUUAGUUCAUCAGAGAAUUAUACCUGACUAUGCCUCAAAGUUUCCUUGCAAGGUGCUGUAUGAAACACAAAUUCAUUCUUCCUGUGUAUAAUAAUUAUUAGUAUGGACUUUGCUGCUCUGUAUAAAAAUGCAUUUAGAAUCAUUACCAUUUGUCAGAAUCCUAUUAAAUUAGUAGUAACAUGAAUUGCUGAAUGCUUUAUGAGCUGUGCAAUGAUGGAUGAAACAGUUAUUAUACUUACAGUACCAGUCAGAAGUUUGGACACACUCAUUCAAGGGUCUUGGGUUGAGGUCGGGUGAUUGUGGAGGCCAAGUCUUCACUAUUAUUCUACAAUGUAGAAAAUAGUAAAAAUGAUAGUUAUUUUAUCCUGUGCAAUACUUUGAUCCUAUAUUGUCUGUUACACGUUAUUGACUUGUGUUUUUACUGCUAAAGAAGGUGCUAGUGGUUAGACUUUCAAGUUUUCAAAAGGUUCUGUUCUCUUGAAGGUUAAUAAAACCCUUUUAAAUCACAAAUCAUUGUUGUUUCCUUUUUUAUUCAAGUCUUUUUUUGUCUAGAUGGGUGUUUAUCUCUAUAUUAGUGUCACGCCUUGACCUUAGUAUUCUUUGUUUUCUUAGGUCAGGGUGUGACGUGGGUGAUGUAUGUGUUAGAGUGUUGGACUAGUAACCGAAAGGUUGCAAGUUCAAAUCCCCGAGCUGACAUGGUACAAAUCUGUCGUUCUGCCCCUGAACAGGCAGUUAACCCACUGUUCCUAGGCUGUCAUUGAAAAUAAGAUUUUGUUCUUAACUGACUUGCCUAGUAAAAUAAAGGUAAAUAAAUAAUAAAUAAAUGUGUUUUUUGCACUGUCUAGGGUUUUUGUAUGUUCAUGGGGUUGUUUACCAUCUAGGUGUUUUAUGUAUGUCUAUGGUUGCCUAGAUUGGUUCUCAAUUAAAGGCAGCUGUUUAUCGUUGUCUCUGAUUGGGAACCAUAUUUAGGCAGCCAUUUUCUUUGGGUAUUUUGUGGGUUAUUGUCUAUGUCUAGUUGCCUGUGUUUGCACUCAGUAUAUUAUAGCUUCACGUUCGUUUUGUAUAGUUUGUUUAGUGGUCUUCGUCUUCAUUAAAGUAUCAUGUAUUCUCAUCA